GCCUGAAGUGCUUGUUUAUUUAUCAUUAACAGUUGAAUGAUACUUGCUAAUGAUUUACAAUUUAUAAAGUUUAACAGCUUUAAAUUUUGCAAACCGUUUGUUACAGUUUCAUUCAUUUUUCUUCUUUUUGAUCAGCUUCUUCUACGCCAUCGUCUUUCUUGAUUGCUUCGUGCUCGCCAAUAAAUCAUCCCUUGCUGUUGAAACCAAUAAUUACUGAUGACCAUCAAAAGUUGCCUGUAAGCUUCAUCUGGACAGUGAACAAUCACAUUUAUUGCUUUUAGUGGGUGGUUAUCGAUUGAAGAAUCCUGAUUUUUGCCCUGGUUUCUCUUGCCAUCCUGAGCAUUUUCACUGUUUACAGUUCCUGAAGACUCCAGAGCGAAGGAAGCUAAAAAGAUAAUUAAGAGGUUAUUGUAUUGAUAAAUUUGAUCCAAGCUGAUAGCUGAUAACUUAACCAUGAUCACUAAAACCCGAUUACGAGCUGAUUCUAAAACAGUUUCUCCAUCACCGCCCCCAACGUCUUUGAUCCAUAGACGUGGCUUCAAAAGUAAUAGCAAUCCAAGCCUUUUGAGCUGUAUACCAAUGGACAUGGUACCAAGAAAUUCAACAGUCUUAACCCUUAUUAUUGUGAUAUCUAUUUAUUUACUGGUCACUCUGAUAACAAUUGGUUUUGGCCCUUUUAAUUUACCUGCAUCAUUCAAGCCUCGUCCAUCAUCGCCAGUAUCGUCUUCAUCGCUAUCGGAUGCCCAACUAGGUGUACGAAGAGUUGAACCCAGAAAUUUUGUUUCUAGUCGAGCAAGUAGACUUACUGAGGCCUCAACCAGUUAUAAAACACAUUCAAUUGUUUUUGAUGCUGGUAGCACCGGUACUAGAAUUCAUGUUUUCACUUUUAGGAUUACAAAUUUGCGAAAUGGUGGUAAAAAGGUUAAAUUAUUAAAUGAAGAUUUCAAACAAGUCAAACCCGGCUUGUCGGCUUAUGCUGAUGAACCCAAAGAAGCAGCUAAUAGUCUUAUACCUUUACUUGAAAUUGCAUUUAAACGUAUACCAGUCAACAAGAGAUCUUCAACUCCUCUAGCUGUCAAAGCAACUGCUGGACUUCGAUUGUUACCUGGCCAUCAAGCUGAAGCCAUUCUUGAAGAGGUUGAUACAUUCCUUCGUGGUUUGGAAUAUCCAUUCAAAAUGGAAUCUAAUUCCUCAGUAUCUAUAAUGGAUGGUGAAGAUGAAGGUGUUUUUGGCUGGUUCACCAUAAAUUUUCUACUGAAUCUCUUAAACAAUGAUCUCAAUUCUGUUGCCCAUCUUGAUCUCGGUGGUGGAUCAACUCAAGUCACUUUCACACCAAUCAGAGAGAAAACUUUGCAAAGGUCUCCUAAAGAUUUUAUUGUUGAACGCAACUUGAUUAGUACUACGAAACAAUUAUACACUCAUUCUUAUCUUGGAUUUGGUCUAAUGUCCUCACGGAAGGGAAUUCUUCACCGAGCCUUGACAAAUGUAACAAAUCAAAUCAGUGAGGAUAACAUCAUCCACGUAAAUCAUCCAUGUUUCCCCGAAAACACCAAAACAAGCUGGGUUUUCGAAGGUCGUACCUAUUUGAUUGAAGGAACUCAAGGAGACUGCUUCAAAAUUGCCCGUGACUAUGUUACCAAUCAAGGUGAACAGCCAAUAUUCCACCAACCUGGUGAACUAUUGAGUAGAGAAAUCUACGCCAUUUCAUAUUAUUAUGACCGUGCCUCAGAUGUAGGGCUAGUCAAUGCGACCCAAAAUGGUGGUUCCCUCAGAGUUAAGGAUUAUUAUCUAGCCGCAAAAAUUUUUUGUGGUCAACAAUUCGACACACUUAAUCCAGAUAGGACUAGACUUGUUGAGGCCGGUCGAUCUGAUGCUCAAUUCAAUUCAAAUUUCAUGGUUUUCAAUGAUGCACCUCUUCUUGGUAUUAAUGGUAUCUACGCUGAAAAUCCCUUCAUUUGUCUCGACCUAGCUUAUAUUACAAAUCUUCUGAACGCAGGAUAUGAUUUGAGUUGGCAAAAAGAAAUCAAUGUUGUUAAAAGAGUCCGAGGUGUUGAAUCGAGCUGGGCUUUAGGAGCUGCUGUUAGCUUGAUUAGGUGACCGUUUCUUCAUUUGGAAUAGCAAAUUGUAAAUUUUUCUUCCUCUUUUCUUUCGUCAGUCUGUUAACUGUAAAUAGUUCCUCAUGCUUAAACCAAAUGCUCAUCGACUCUUAAAUCACUCUGUUAAUAACUAAUCAUAAAAAAAGUCAACCCAACCAAGAAGUGGAAUCAUUCAAUUUAUCUAGAGACAUUUAUAAAAAUAGUUAUGUUUGUUGAUAAACUAUUUCAACUGUGAUGUUUCAAUGAUUUGAAAACAAAAAUAAUAACAAAUUGCCUUCUAUUAUUUGUUAUGAUAUAAUUUGCAAUUAUACAUUUAUAAAUGAUUGUUCAAAUUUGUAAAUUUUCCUUUCCAAUCAGCGGAAAAUAAGAUCAAAUAAGAUAAAAAAAUAAAUGACUUAAAAAGUUGAUUGAAUGAAA